GAGAGAGAGAGAGAGAGAGAAGGGUCCUUUGGGAAGAGUCACAAAGCGAUUUCCUCAGAGCUUGAGCAGAGUUGCGAGAGCGCAGGGCUGAUCUGGACAUCACCCACGGCACGGCACGGCACGUCCCGCGGACCGCAGAGCUGCAGGCGGAGAGGGAAAAACAGCCUGAAACAUGAAGAAAGAAGUGUCGGACAGUGAUGACAUCUGAUCUCUCUUUUUUUCUCCCUGACAGCUAAAACUGUGGAUCUCAGCGCAAGGAUUGACUUCUUUAGGGGAAAUACGGUUCCCGUUUCUUCUUUGAGCGAUUUUUGAUACCGUUUGGUAAACGUUGGGACAAGUUGGAUCUGAGCGAAUUGCGCUUCAGCUGUAGUUUCCGAUCCCCGCUCGGGACAGGAGGCAGGGGAAUAAAGAGCAGCAGCACCCAGGAGCGCACCCACGUUGUCCGGGUGACGGAUCCACCGCAGAACAAGUGCGCAGCUGGGGGUGGAUAAAGAUCGGGCUUACGGAGGUUGUGUUCAUGUUCGGGAUCCAGGAGAGCAUCCAGAGAAGCGGCAGCAGCCUGAAAGAAGAGCCGCUGGGAGGCAUGAACGUCCGCAGCUGGAUGCAGGGAGGCGGCGUGCUGGACGCCAACACGGCCGCUCAAAGUGGCGUGGGUCUGGCCCGGGCUCACUUUGAGAAGCAGCCGCCCUCCAACCUGCGGAAGUCCAACUUCUUCCACUUCGUCCUGGCGCUGUACGACCGGCAGGGCCAGCCGGUGGAGAUCGAGAGGACCAACUUCGUGGACUUCAUCGAGAAAGAGAAGGAGACGAGCGGAGAGAAGACCAACAACGGGAUCCAUUACCGUCUUCAGCUUCUGUACAGUAACGGCAUCCGAACAGAGCAGGACUUUUAUGUCCGACUGAUAGACUCCAUGACUAAACAGCCGAUUGUUUACGAAGGCCAAGAUAAGAACCCGGAGAUGUGCAGAGUGCUGCUGACACAUGAGAUCAUGUGCAGUCGGUGCUGUGACAAGAAGAGCUGCGGAAAUCGUAAUGAGACGCCCUCAGACCCUGUUAUCAUCGACAGAUUUUUCCUCAAGUUUUUCCUCAAGUGCAACCAGAACUGCUUAAAAAAUGCCGGAAACCCAAGAGACAUGAGAAGGUUCCAGGUGGUUGUGUCGACUACAGUAAGCGUGGAGGGACAUGUCCUGGCAGUCUCCGACAAUAUGUUUGUCCACAACAACUCAAAACAUGGCCGGCGGGCCCGCAGGCUCGACCCCGUGGAGGGAACCCCGUCUUACCUAGAACACGGAGCAACUCCCUGCAUUAAAGCCAUCAGUCCCAGUGAGGGGUGGACUACAGGGGGCGCUACAGUCAUCAUCAUAGGAGACAACUUCUUUGACGGCCUCCAAGUCAUCUUCGGUACCAUGCUGGUUUGGAGCGAGCUGAUCACGCCACAUGCCAUUCGGGUGCAGACACCUCCCAGACACAUCCCUGGGGUCGUAGAGGUCACUCUGUCUUACAAGUCCAAACAGUUCUGCAAAGGCACACCAGGAAGGUUCAUAUACACAGCACUGAAUGAACCAACCAUCGACUACGGUUUUCAGAGGCUUCAGAAGGUUAUCCCUCGGCACCCUGGGGACCCCGAGAGGCUUCCAAAGGAGGUUAUUCUGAAAAGAGCAGCAGAUCUGGUGGAAGCCCUCUACGGAUUGCCUCAUAAUAACCAGGAGAUCAUCUUGAAGCGAGCAGCGGACAUCGCGGAAGCGCUCUACAGCGUUCCGCGAACCCACACCCAGCUCUCCGGCUCGACGCACACAGGCAUGAUGGGAGUGAACUCCUUCACCGGGCAGCUCUCCGUCAACGUCUCGGAAACGUCACAAGCCAAUCAGGGGUUUGUGCGCAGCAGCAGUAGUGUGUCGCCUCACGGUUACGUGCCCAGCUCCACACCUCAGCAGACCAGCUACACCUCAGUCAGCAGCACCAUGAACGGCUACGCUAACAACGGGGGCAUGACCAACCUGGGAGGCUCGCCCACUUUCCUCAACGGCUCUGCGGCCAACUCGCCUUAUGCCAUUGUUCCAUCCAGUCCCACCAUGGCCUCCUCCACCUCUCUGCCCUCCAACUGUUCUUCUUCUUCUGGAGUCUUCUCCUUCUCUCCGGCCAACAUGGUGUCAGCAGCCGUUAAGCAGAAGUCCGCCUUUGCUCCGGUGGUGAGGCCGUCGUCCUCACCUCCUCCUUCCUGCACUAGUGCCAACGGUAACGGACUUCAAGAUCAAACAUUUGUGGACUCUAGCAAGUACUCAUCAGCCGGCUCUCUACAAGGCCUGGCCUUCACCUGAACAAUCCCAGGAAUGAUCGUCCCACCCAUGUAAAGAUGUGAGCGCGUUGUUUGGUGUGUGCACGUGUGCGUGUGUGUUUGUUGGUGUAGGGUGAGUCAAGCACACUCUCGCUGGAGGAUUUGCUCCUAGCCGGACUCCGGUUCAGGAUGGAGGCAUCCAUCCAGAUCUGAAGGAACAAAACCAACUCAGGCCCUUUCUAACUCAAAAAACCCAAGGAGAACAACCAAACUGUUUGUAGAAAUCUUUGUACAAUCGAAUGCUUUUAUAAGGAGAAACGGCCACAUAAGAUUAUGACUCUCCAUGGUCACAGGAAGUGUGUUAUUUUGGACAGAAUUCACUUCCUCUCUUCGGAGAUUGAUUUUCUUUCUCUUUUUUUUUGUGCUACAUGUGAUGACCUUCUUUUCAACGUAACCUACAUGAGCGGUUUUCUAUUUAUGGAGUAUUGUCUUCAAUGAAGGAAUAUAAUGUGAAGAGGACCUGAUGAUGAGGACGAAGUCGAGACAGUGAUGAGGAAGGUCUCAUGCAGGGCCUGAGGCAGCCAACACAGACAAGCCAAACCUUCACCUCUGUUUGUUUGCCAAAUCCACCCCUUCAUCGCUCUCCCUGCUUUAUUGUUUUAGGUGAAGGACUCAGGUUGUUGUACUGAGGUUUCAGCCAUUCAGAAAAAAUCCAAACGUUUACUCUAAGAUGGCUUCUCAUGCGUCUACUCUGCAGUUCUCGUGUGAUGCAAUUUCUAAAAGAAGUUCAAAAGAAAAUUGGCAUAAACUGCCCGUUAAAACACCACAAAUGAAUGUAGCUCCUCUCCAUCAGGGGCGAUCAUGAUUUGCCAACAGCAGCUCUAUUUGAUCCGACCCAGUUCAGUUUUACCGUCAGUCAUCUGUGCGAGAGAGAAAACACGUCUUAAAGGACUGCUGCCAUUUUUACUUAAGUGUUUUGUGUGAAUCAGAUUCCUAUUUUUUUAUGUGGCUUUGUUUUGGUGUGUUGUUAGAUUUUUGUGCACGACGAGCCGGCCAAUCGUUCUUCCUUUAGGUGCUUGCCCUUUGACCUGGUUAAAUUGGCCCGAAAGCGAAGAAUCAACCAAUGGUCUGUCUUACAUGCUGCACUGCAAAAAAAGGUCAAAUGGAAAAUCUGCCUUUCAAUUUUAAAAAUCUUGUUUUUAUAGUUUUAAAUACCAGCCUCUGAUCUGAGAGCAUUAAAAAAAAUCUGCCAAUUCAUAAAACAAGUGUGACUUUAAAACGUCCUAUCCCACAACAAUGGUGCCAUUAAUUUAGUGAAGAAAAUCAAGUUACAAGUCAUAAUAUUCAGCGUAAUUAAUUACUCUGGAACUUUUGGGUGUUGCAGCUUUUUUUUCUUACACUGAACAUUUUCUGUUUCUGUUUGUGAAAGCUGCUGUCGCGCUUUCUUAUCUUGCCAUAUGUAUUGGAGUAUCUAAAAAAUGUGUUUACUAUAGUAAAAUUCUACUCUUAAUUUACAGUGUGCUACUGCAUAGAGAUCGUGAAGGUACUUAUAGGAGUGAUGCCACAGUCACUGUUUUUUUUUUUCAUGCUUACUGAUCACCUGACGAUCUAAGGAUAAAGUAUUCUUCAUCUUUGCAGGUGGAGCGUCUGCAUAGUGUAGUGAGAGAAUAAGGCAGAUUACUAUCAGAUCAUUGCUGCAUCAUUCGCUUAGAUCUUAGUAAAAUUUUCUAGCACUGGCACAUCUAAUAUUUGCUGUUAAUGUGGCACCUUUACAAUGUAACACACAACAUAAUUUUCAGGCAUAUUCAAUAAAAAUAAUCCAUAUUAGCCAGGAUGAGUUUGAGAUUACGCUUCUAAUGCUACAGGUUUAGAUACAGUUAAGCACAAAAUUAUAUAUAGCCCUGACAGAUUUAGAUUUUCAUCCAACUGAGAAACCUUUUAUAGGAAAUGAGACAGGCAAUUUCUAAAAGAAGAAAAAAGUUAUCUUUUUUAUUUACAAUUUAUUAAGAUGCUUGUAGAAAAUUAUUUAUACCAUUCUCAGCGAUUAAUCAAAAAUCUUGAUUAGCAUGGCAGCAAUCAAAGCUAAUGGCUGACCACCUUUUUCCCUCUGGUAUUUUUUUGUGAUUUGUCUUUGGUGAUUAGCUUCAAGUUUUUAAUAUUUUACUCCCUGCAAAAAUCACGCCAGGACUCUGGCUGUGCCUCUCCAAAGCAUUAUUAAUACUUCUAGUCAAAAGAAAUAUGUUGGUUAAGUUAAAGAAAAGAACAGUUUAAGCCUAAAUCUGCCAGGGGUAUGAAUAUUCUGAGUUUAACUGUACAUACAAAUGUGAUCCUAGAAUGUAACUUAAAGCAGAACUCUUUAUAAGCCAUCAAAGCACGAGGCAGACCGGUAAUAGUUUGAUGAGAGCAUUAAGGGUGUGAAAAAAAAGAGUUGAAAUUAACUAACCUUUCCUUGAGUUUGGCAUCAAAAGGGAAAUAUUGUGUCCCAUCGUAAAAUCUGAUAUUUUACACCAGCGAGAAAUUUGCUAUUUAGAUUAAAAAAAAAUGUUUUUAUGAUUUAUUGACUUUUCACUUCUUUCUGCACAUGUUUAAGAAGCACUUACUUUUACUGUUUUAUAUGUUAGAAAAAAAAGAAGACAUUUUUUGCAGUGCAGGAAACUUUGUCAGUGAGGUCUUAAAAAAAUCACAAGCAUUAUCUUUUUUUAAGGUAAGGUAACAGUACUGAACAGUCUUAUCAGUGCGUCUGAUGUGUUGGGUGGUUUCACCCAUCGCAGAUUGACAGAAAUAAUGAGGCUACCAUUAUGAUCUGUUCAUCAAGGACUGCUUCAACGUUUUUUUUUAAACAUCCAGCAUCCAAUACACACAAAGUCUGUUUGUAGUCUUUCCAUUCUACCGGCUGAUGAUUUUCGCCAUCAAUAAAAACUCUUUAAAAUUCAGUUGAAUCAUUACUUGAACAAUAAAGCUCAAAAACUUACAACUUGUUUGUAUUUAUACUAUUUUUAACUUCAAGAACGGUUCAAAAAUAGUAUAAUAUUUGUGAUAAAAGUUUUGUCAGACGGAAAGCACCCACUUUGCUAUGUUGAAAUCAUAAGAAAUGUGGAUCAGAGUACAAGGGGAGAUGAAAACUAUUUAAAAGUUGGCGUAAACCUGCUACGUUUAUAGAAUAACUGCUUGUUGAAAAACUGGUUAAAAACCAUCUAAAACCUGUCUUAUUAUUUGAAUCGUGUUUUAUUUGUUUGUUUUUGUCUAAUAGUGUCUUUUUGGUAAAAGCCAUAUUUCCACUGCUAAUUUCAAUCAAUCUAAAAUAAGCCAUGGUGUAUCUUUUUUUUUUUUUAUUAUGAAGACAUUAGGAUAUUUUUUGAGUUUGUCAUCUUGUUUCGUUUUUUUUGUUGAGAAUUUGCAGAAUUUGUUUGUGUUUUUUAGAUGUAGAGUUUUUGAAUAUGUUGUUAUAAUUCUGUUUGUCUUAUGUUGCAGAGUAUAAUUAGGGUCAACAUUUCUUGCUGAAGGCCUGAAAGAAAUGAAGGAAAAUGUUAUCUUCUCUUUCUUUUCUUCUGUCUUUUAGGCCUUAAUGAACUUUAUCAUUUUUUUCCGCUUUCCUUAACUUUCUCUUUAAAAGAAAUGAGCCACCUAUUUAUUUAAUCUCAAUCAUGGGCCUAGAGACCACUCUUCCGGUUGCAUCUAAACGUGAGAGUGACAGCGCGGGUGUUUAAAUGUAUGAAAGAGAACAGAUUGUUUUCUUUUUUAUAAAAAAGAAAAUGUGAUGCUUAAAAGCAGAAGAAUCUUUUUCUGUUGUUGCCUACAUAUAUAAAUAAUUGUAAAGGGUUUUUGCCUAAACAAGCAAGAUCCAGAGCACUUGUCUGACAACAGUAACAUGAUUUAUUUGGGCUUGUCUGCAUUCAGGCUUGUGUCUGUGAGCCUAAACAUUAUCAGCAGUAUCAGAGCGGAGAGGAAAAGUACAGAGGAAACUACUGUAAAGGUGAUGAAGUUGAUUUUGUAUUAUUUUGAACUUUGGAGUGUAAAAUACCUUUUUGACUUUCACUAUAUUUAAUUAAAGGUCUUUCAUCUCUGCAAA